AGUCUCCUUCCCCCUUUACUGAGGUGGUGAAUGGUCUCUCCCACCCCUCCAAGUGCGCAUGUGCAGGGGAAUUGUGUCGCCCAGCCCCGCCUGCCCCGCGCGGUACGAAUGGUCUCGCUCAGGGCGGGCCAAUCUGACUCCAUCCGGCAGCGCCCGGGAGAGACCAUCUUUCUGAAGGGGGGGGAACAGGUGAAACCAUUUCCCCCCCACCCCGACCUGCAGCCUCUCACGCCUACUUGUAAUCCUCCCUGCCUUGCCGCCGCGAUGCCCCCUGGGGUCUCUCCAGGGCCUGAAGGACCCAGCGCCCCGGCACCGUCGGGCCGGGCUGGUAGGCGGGCACCACCUCCUCCCCGCCGCAGCCCAGGGCUCCCUGAGGCAAAGCGGCGUGGCCGCGCCCGGAGGCUGCAUCAAGAGGUGGCGGAGCUCCAGGACGGGUUACAGCACCUGGAUCUGGCUGCAGAGAAGCCAGUGCCCUCAGGGACAGGCCUUGCUUAUGAUAAGGAGCUCACCAGCUUUCACUGCCUUUGGGACAAGAGUUUCCCUGAGUGCCCAGCCCGGCUGACAUCCAUCUGGACCAAGCUGGUGGAAGAUGGAUUGGUGGAGAGGUGUGUCCCUGUGCAGGCCAGACUGGCUACGGAAGAGGAGAUUCUGCUGGUACACAGCCCCCAGUUCCUGGCCCUCAUGGCCUCAACCGCCGACAUGGAAGAGGGUAAACUCCGCGCCCUCUCAGACACUUACGAUUCAGUUUAUUUGCAUCCGAAUUCAUACCACUGUGCGCGGCUGGCAGCCGGCACUGUCCUGGCUGUGGUUGACAAGGUGCUGAGUGGGGAGCUGAGGAAUGGGCUGGCGCUGAUCCGGCCACCAGGGCACCAUGCACAGCGGGAGCGUAUGGAGGGCUACUGCCUCUUCAACCAUGUGGCCAUCGCUGCCCGUCACGCCCGGGAGCGCCGUGGAUUGCAGCGGGUCCUGAUUGUUGACUGGGAUGUCCACCAUGGGCAGGGAACCCAGUUCAUCUUUGAAGAUGACCCCAGGGUAUCAUACAACACCCCCAGCGUCCUGUACUUCUCGGUCCAUCGCUAUGACAACGGGGCAUUCUGGCCCCAUCUCCCGGAUUCUGAUUCAUCGGCUGUGGGGCGGGGGCAAGGCUGUGGCUUCACCAUCAACCUGCCCUGGAACCAGCCUGGCAUGACGGACGCCGACUACAUCUCCGCCUUCCUCCAGCUCCUGCUGCCUGUAGCCUUCGAGUUCCAGCCCCAGCUGGUUCUUGUGGCUGCUGGCUUUGAUGCUGCCAUUGGGGACCCCAAGGGGCAAAUGUUGGUGUCACCUGCCUGCUUCGCCCACCUCACCCACAUGCUGCUGGCGCUGGCUGGGGGGAAGGUUGUGCUGGCCUUGGAGGGCGGCUACAACCUCCACUCUCUCACUGAGGGGGUCAGUGCUGCCCUGGGGUCUCUCCUGGGAGACCCCUGCCCCCCACUGGCCGGGCCAGCUGCCCCCUGUCCCAGCGCUCUCCAGUCCAUCUCAAAGGCUCUGGGUAUUCAUGCCCAAUUCUGGCCCUCUCUGCAGCAUGUUGAGGUCUCGGCACUUUCCACAGAGGAUGAGGGAGUAGAGGAGGCACUGGGGGAGACAGGGGGGGUCCCAUCCCCAGUGGAGCUGCCCUGCCCAGAGGCUCUGCCUUCCUUGGAGGCCCCACCACCACGCCGCCCCCCCGCCUGUACCGGCUUGGUCUAUGAUGAACGCAUGACCCAGCACUACAACAUGUGGGACAGCCAGCACCCAGAGCGGCCACAGCGGGUGACCCGGGCCCUGAGCCGGCUGCAGGAGUUGGGGCUGGAGCGACGGUGCCUGCGCCUGCCUCCCCGUCUGGCUACUGAGCCCGAGCUGUUGCUGUGCCACAGCCCAGAGUACGUGGCCAGACUCCGGGCCACAGUUGGGCUGCGCCCGCGAGAGCUACAUCGUGCUGGUUCCCGCUACAACUCAGUCUACAUGUGUGGGGAGUCCUUUGAAGCUGCAUGCCUGGCAGCUGGCUGUGUCCUUAGCGCUGUGGAUGCCGUGCUGGCUGGGCAGGUGCAAAAUGCAGUGGCCGUGGUGCGGCCCCCAGGGCAUCACGCAGAGCCUGAUGCUGCCUGUGGCUUCUGCCUCUUCAAUUCAGUGGCCCUGGCAGCCCGCUAUGCCCAGCAGGUGGCUGGCCGGCCCUUGCGGGUUCUGAUUCUGGACUGGGAUAUUCACCAUGGCAAUGGAAUCCAGCAUAUUUUUGAGGAAGACCCCAGUGUGUUGUACAUCUCCCUGCACCGCUAUGAUGCUGGCGCCUUCUUUCCAGGGGGGCCAGCAGGAGGAGCAGGGCAGGUGGGGCGGGGGCAGGGGCGGGGCUACACCCUUAAUGUGCCGUGGGAGGAGCCUCGUGCCGGGGACCUCGAAUACCUGCCUGCCCUGCUGCGCCUCUGCCUGCCUGUCGCUUACCAGUUCAGGCCGGAGCUGGUGCUGGUGGCAGCUGGGUUCGAUGCGGCACAAGGCGAUCCCCUGGGCGGCUGCCUGGUGACCCCCCAGGGCUAUGGCACCAUGGCCUGGCUGCUGGCUACGCUGGCCUGCGGCCGCCUUAUCCUGGCCCUUGAGGGUGGCUACAACCUGGCAGCAACAGCAGAGUCCCUGGCCACGUGCGUCCGGGCACUGCUGGGAGACCCCCCACUGGCCCCACCUCCAGUCCUGGCACUACCCCUGUCUCCACACCCCCAGCCCAGUGCUCUCCAUGCCCUCAGCCUGGCCAGCGCUGUGCACCGUACCUACUGGGCCUGCCUUCGUCUCCAUGUGCCCUCCAUGGACUGUGAUGCCUCUGAGGACAGAAGCCCAGCCCCCCAGGAGGCCCUGCCUCCUGAUGACCUCUCCUCCCUGGGUUCCCUCUCCCUGGAAGACAGGUCCCAGGAGGGGAUGGGCAGCCCAGACUCUGUCCCUGUGGGCUGGACCAGGAGGAAGAUGAAAACAGAGCCUGAGUUGGAAGGGGUGGGGAUUAACCCAGAAGGGGAGGAAGGUCCUCCAGAAGGGGCGGGGCUUGCAGCCCCAGAUUUACCAGAGGAUGCACUCUAUGCUGUGACACCGCUGUCCUGGUGCCCCCACUUGAGCUCUGUAGCACCAGUGCCCCCAGCUGGGCUGGACAUCCUGGCACCGUGCCAGAAGUGUGGGUGCCAGGGUGAGAACUGGGUCUGCCUCACCUGCUACCAGGUGUUGUGCAGCCGCUAUGUGGCAGGUCACAUGGUUGCCCAUGGUGAUGCUUCUGGCCACCCCAUGGUCCUGAGUUUCGCGGACCUCUCUGCCUGGUGCUAUGACUGUGAGGCCUAUAUCCAUCACCCAACCCUUUUGCCGGCCAAGAUCUUGGCUCAUCGCCUCAAGUUCGGCAAUGAGCUGCCUGCACUACUUUGAACCAGGCCAGUCACCAAAGCAUAAUCAUCCCUCACCCCAUCCUCGGACAAUGGACUAACCCAGACUCUUCAAGGGCUAUACACACUGGCAGAAAAACAGCAGCUCAGCAGCCGCCAGGAUGCACUAGCCGCUUUAGGAUUUAAUUCCCCCACAUCUACAUGAGAUCUGUUUCUACCCCAGCCCUAGUUGCCACCAGCAUUAGUUACAUCAAGGAUUAUUGUAAGACCUACAGUAAGCCAAAGGGAGAGGGAGGUGUCUUGUUCCUCCACCACAGCUUUGUCACUUGUGAUGAUGUUACAAUAAAGGUGGGAGGGUGCAGUAGGGUGUGGUUGUCUGUCUCUUCUGCUAGAGGAGGGAUUUACAUGUCCAAGAACUAUGCCUCCCCCCCAGUUCAUCUCAGCCUCAUGGAGCCAAAGGACCCUU